AUGGAAGACUAUUUGGAAGCGUUCUUCCUACUGAUGGGCAGCGUGUUUACUUUUGUAAGCAGUGACGUGCGCAACAAACUGGAUAUACUGUACAAUCUGCGACAGCAGGACAACGAAGAUAACAAACACUUCGAUAGUAUUAAAACUAUGCUGUUGUAUGAGAAAGAAGCCAGCCUGCUGCGACAGAAAGGCUACGUGUCGGGCAGUCGCACCUUAUUGCGUCUGCAUCGUGGCUUAGAGUUUGUGUACGAGUUUCUACACCGUCUGCAAGACGUGGCAGAUGAGGAAAAGGCGCACCAUAUCUGCAAAUCAGCUUACAAUGAUACCCUAGCCAAGCAACCCUUCCUUAUUCGAAAAGGUGCUCAAGUUGCAAUGUUUGCAAUACCCACGCGCGGUGAGCUCUUCAAGCGUGUCUGCAGCGAUGCGAAUGUCUCGAACGCCGUUCAAAGGCUGCCUAAUAUGUUACGGUAUAUGCAGGAUGUCUACAAUCGCACUGAUCAGCUUUAUACACUGGAGGAGCUCCAUAGCCUGCCUUAAAACUCUCAUAGGUCAUUAUAGAAAUUUUAACGUAUUGUCGAACCCAUUAGCCUGUCUGUCUUAUU